CGGGCCCGGUCAGAUGUUUGCCGCAUGCCGGAGGCGCGCAUGGGGACAUUGAUCGCGAAUCUACGCGCAUCUCUGACAUCGCAUCACUGACACUGGGCUCCGAUCGCCCUCUCGCGCACCACGGCGGCCUAUCAAAUGCCAAAAGACCAUCGGCUCUGAGUAUUGACUCUGCAGUUGGCUGUUUGGGAAGCGAUUACGAACACCCACGGUCAACAUGUCGUCCAUCUACAACCUCGAACCGCAACCGACCGCAUCGGCUAUCAUUCACACGACACAGGGCGAGCUCGCAAUCGAGCUGUUUGCGAAACAGACGCCGCUGACGUGUCGCAACUUCUUGCAGCACAGUCUAGACGGAUACUACGACAAUACCAUAUUCCAUCGCCUCGUUCCGGGGUUUAUUCUCCAAGGCGGCGAUCCAACCGGCACAGGACAUGGAGGAGAGUCCAUUUACGAUGGCGGCGCGUUCGGCGGCGAUUUGGACCCGUGGCCGAUGGACCAGCGCAGAGGACAAAACGCGGGUCCAACGGGUGUCAAUUUCAAAGAUGAAUUCCACUCGCGCCUGAAGUUCAAUCGUCGAGGACUCCUCGGCAUGGCAAACGAGGGUGUCCCUGACAGUAACGGGAGUCAAUUCUUUUUCACGUUAGGCAAGGCGGAGGAGUUGAACAACAAGAAUACUGUGUUUGGCCGAGUCGCUGGCGAUACGAUCUACAACCUGGCCAAGAUGGGCGAGGCCGAGGUCGCAGAGGGCACAGAGCGGCCCUUGUACCCAGUUAAGAUCACCCACAUCGAGAUUCUCGUUAAUCCUUUUCAUGAUAUGAAGAAACGGGAGAGGAAAGUCCGGCAGGAGAUACCGCAACAAUUUCCCUUGGAGAAGAAGCAAAAGAAGAGGAAAGGAGGCAAGCAACUCUUGAGCUUUGGCGACGAAGAAGGCGAUGUCGAAGAUCUUCCAGUCCUCAAAAAGCCCAAAUUCGAUACGAGGAUUGUGAUGGAUGUGGAUGAGGAAACCAACCAGGUAGCCAUACCGGUUAGAGCCUCCGUUAAGAAAGAGAAGAAGGCACCCGACAAGGAGGUGCAGACCUCAGACAGCCGCUCAGAGUCGCCGCAGAGAAGCUCAGGUGUCCCAGAGCCGGUUCCGGUCAAGAAGCCAUCGCCAUCUAAAAUCGACGACAACAAAUUGUCGAGUCCCGAACCGGAAGAGCCCCCGAAGGAGUCGCUUCUGGAACGGACGAAUGAGGAGAUUGCAGCUGUCAAGGCAUCAAUGAAGCGCACAAUUCACGUUGAACCGGUCAAGGAGAAAAUGAAGUCAGCCCUAGAGUUGAUGGUCCCAGAGACAGCAACACGCGGGAGGAAACGGCGGCCCGGGGCUAGCAAUCACAGCAGCAAGGAGGAACAAGAAGCUUUGGAAUUUCUAAAAGCAUUUCAAGAAAAGCUUAGACAGGCGCCCCCCGAGAGAAAGACGUCCCAGCCCACCGGAACAGAAGCCGAGGGCCGAGACGACCAGGAUGAGGAAGGCGAAGUUUGCGAUCUGCACUUCAUCGCCAAUUGCCAAAGCUGCAAGGCCUGGGAUAAAGAGCAGCGGGAGGAGAGUGACGAUGAAGGCUGGAUGUCUCACACCCUGAGCUUUGCGGCCGACAAGCUGGGCAAGGACCUCAGUUACCGAAAGAAGGCCGAGGAGGAGUUGGUCGUCAUCGAUCCGCUUGAGAAAGCUAGGACACUGAAGGAGGAGAAAAGGGCAACGAGGCACCCGCACGGCGGCCUAUCUUCUCGGGGUUCGGAAUGGCACCGCGAUCGCGAUAGAGAGAGGAGAGGCCGUUAAGCAGGUAGCCGACGCGUACUUGCAGAGCUAGUUGAAAGAAUACAUAGACCAAAGUUUGGGGCCAAGCC